UUGUCCUUUCUACAUACGCCUCCAUCGAGUCCCUCAGAGAUGAUGAAGAACCCCUCAAAAUCCGGAUCAGUCAGUCCCGAAUACAUCCCAAUCAAAAGAGAAAACUGGGCAGUAUCCUCACCCGAAUCAGAGAUAGAGCUGAAGAGAAAGAGACGGCUAGAGAGCGCUGAGGAACAAGAUAGACCUAACCUGAAGCUACUGAAGUUAGACACUGCUGCCAUUGAUGCCGCUAACUACAAAGAGUGCUCAAAAAUGUUCGAUAAUCCUGAGGAUGUAGUUCAAGCUUUGUCACUCCUGAAGACCCGGAAGAACGUUGAUUUAAAAGAGUACAGUCGCGAAGGAACGUUCAUUCCUAACGUUUUACUAGCUCUGUCCCAGACCCCCAUCUUGUCUCCGGAACACAGUGACAAACCUCCCACAGUCCGACCUGCUCCAUACCCUUCAGCAAGACCUGUCCCUCAUCCUACUGCUCGAACUGCCCCACAACAUUCCAGCAAACCUACCAAACCCAAAUCAGAAGCGUCCAGGCCUUACGUCUGCGAAUACUGUGGUAAACAGUUCACGAACAUUGGUAACCUAGCCACGCACGCGCGGACCCACACCAAAGAGAAGCCCUACAAGUGUGACAAGUGUGACCUGAUGUUCGCGCACACCAGCAACCUGCAACGUCACCAGUUGGUUCACACCGGGCAGAGGAAUAACAAGUGUCCGCACUGCUCCAAGUGUUUUAGUCGCAGUGACUACCUCAAAGUGCACGAACGUACUCACACAGGAGAAAAACCGUAUGCCUGUUCGGUAGCAGGAUGCAGCAAACGUUUCUUGGACUCCAGCUCAUUGAAGAAACACGAGCGAACUCACACCGGAGAUAGACCUUUCGCUUGUCAUAUCUGCUACAAGACGUACACAGAGAGUAGCAAACUGAAGAUCCACCUACAGAGUCAUUCCGCUCCCAAACAAUGCACCAAGAAACCAGUGGUUCAGAAGAAACAAGAGCCAUCUUUCAGAGGAGUUCCCACAGUGACUCUCCCUAACCCCUUCUACUCACCCGCUCUACCUCCAUCUCUCUCCUACCCAUCCUACCACAGGCUCCUUCCCUACAGCAUGGCCCCUACUCUUGCCAGGCCAACCCCUACUCGACCUCGAGCUUUCUACCCUCAUCCAUAUUCACGCACCGUCUUAUCAGCACCAACCCGGAAUUCAAGUUCCCCACUCGUUCCUCAAGUUUCGAACUCUAGUCCCCGAAACUCUGCUUUUAUGCCGGUGUAAACUAUAUUGGUUUUUUCAAUAGACCAUUGCUGUUUGUGUUACUGUUUAUGAUGUAAUGUUUGAUUUAAAAAGUGCAGGACGCUUUUUGGUAUAUUUGAAUGGAAGUUGUUACUUUUUUCGAAUUCGAUGAGGGACAUUGAAUGUCAUAUGGGAGUAGAUAUCUACUAGAUACACAAUUUCUUUUAUUUAUCUAUUUUAUAUUUUCUUAAUUUUUCUUAUAUUUAUAUAUUUUUUAAAUUUUUCUUGAAAACAGACUACAUACUUUCUUGUAAAGUAUUUUAAUACGUAUUAUUUGAAUAUUACUACGUAUGGGUUUUUAGUGGAUACGGUGAUUGAGGUUAUUUCUAUCGAUGUUUUAAUCUUCAACUACUUCUAUUUAUCUUGUUAUUCAAUUAUUUUUAUCUAUUUCAAUGGUAUAAAUCAGGACAACUGUGACAUCAGAUUUUAACUCCCAGAAAUUUUUUACUGACAAUCCCCCAUGAUUUUGUACACCCACACCUGCAGACUCGACCAUUAAGAUUAAUUAUUUCGUUGGAGCACUUUCUAUUGCUUUGAACCACGGGCAUACUUUUUAGUUCUAUUGAUAAAGAUAGUUUUGUUUGGAUAAAGUUAUUCAAUAUUGGUGUUUUGAUGAUAAAGUUUUGUUUGUGAUAUUAAAGUAGCAAGUAUAAAAAUUUCAAUGUAUUGGAAAUAAUUUGUUACUCUUACAAUAAUUAUAACUUAUUUUUAUUG